CAGCGCAGAAUUCGAAAGUUAACAAGUUGAGAACGGAUUUGUGGCUAGUUAUUUGACCACGUUGUUAGAAUUCCUUGUGAAAUACGCAGAUUUGAAUUAGAUUUCACUCUACUGUUUAUAACCGAGGAGUGAUCCUGCCAGUUACUUUCAACCAUGGUGAGGGAACGGGGCCAGAAGAAGUCUUUCCAGCAAAGCCUGGACGACAUCAAGGAAAAGAUGAUUGAGAAGAGGAACAAACGCCUGGCAAGUGCCUCUGUAGCCAACAGAGGACGGUCCAAAAGGAUCAACAGAACCAGUGCGGGCAACGUGAAGCCAGUUAUCCUGAAGAACGUGCAGAUCAAUAACAAAGCCCUGGCUCUGGCCCUGCAGGCUGAGAAGGAGAAGGUGAGGCAGGCCAACUGUAUCAUCCUGCAGAUGAAGAGGGAGCAGCAGGCCCUCUUCCUCCACCUCCUCCUGCUCAAGAAGAGGCUCAAAGACCAGGAGGCGCAGGCCAGCAAUGUACAGACUGGACCUGCACAGCUCCUUGCUGAACCACCAAAGCCAGUGGACUCCUCCAGGAGAAUUCAAAGCCGUGCUGAUCUGGAAGAUCCUGUGAUGGACGAAUCCCCUCUCUCACCCAUCAGCUCAGCGCGUCAGUUUCCUGAAGGGGCGGGCAAAAACAAAAGUGACAGGCAGGUGGCGUUGCCACAGACAGUGGGUGCGAGACGUCGCCGGGUGGAAGGCAGCAGGAUGCGAUCUGAGCGUGUGCGGGAAGGGCGCCGUUCCUCGUUCUAUGAGCAGAACCCCAGCGCCCCUCCAGAACCUCUCAAACAGAAAGAGACUGAGGUCAUAGUGGAUAGCCUGGUUCUAAACGACAGAAGAGGCCAGAACCACAUACAGGAAGUGAAGAUGGAGAGAGGCAAUCCGAUUGGCUCAGAGGAGUUCCAGCAGCACUUCACCCCAGAGCCCCCGGCUAAACCAGCCAAUCAGCAGCAGCAACCCCGGAACAAACCGAAACAGGCCCAGCCACCGCGGCCUAAACCCGAACCAGCUGCACGCAAGCCAGAGAGGGGCCGCAAACCGGACCGCCCCCCUCUGAAGAAACCCUGGGAGACCUCUAAACCCAGAGCCCGGUCCAAGAGCCGGGACCGCUCUGCCACACGGUCCAGAGCCGGGGUGGGAUCCGCUGCACCUCUCAACACCUCCCUCAACACAUCUCAGGGAUUCAAUGACACCUUUGAUUUCGACUGCGAGGAUGGGGUACACCUCACCCCCUUCAAGGGUGGCGGACCCAAGGAUAACCCCCGAGACACACCCAAACAGGAGAAGGUGGUAGAGACGGGACAGGGACAGAACCCGAAGAGGACUCAGUUGUCACCUGAGUUUAGUUCAUCUUCGUCUUCUGAGUCAGAAGACAGCCCCUACGUUCCUCAGAAACGGAAGAGACGGAGCCACACGGACCAGGCCAAGCCCGCCCUCGCUCGUAGAGGCAGAGGUCAACCCUCCAAAGCAGCUACAGAUAAGGAGAACGCCCCCCCACAUGUAACCAGAAUGGAGGUCAGUCCCACCCCUGUGGUCCUUGACAAACAACUCAAGGAGGAACCAGAAAGGGGACGGAGACAGAGCUCGAUUCGGAUACAGCCGUUGUCUGUGGUUGCCAUGGAUGUUGCCAUGGAGGCCAGCUUGUGUGAGUCAGAGGGUAGCCCCUACGUUCCUCAAAGCCGUGGCGUACGGAAGACACAGGGCCCCCCAGAGCAGGCCAAGCCCACCCCCGCUCGCAGGGGACGGCCCCUUAAAGCAGCCAGAGACAAGGAGAACGUCCCCCCUCUGAAACGACAGUCGUCACGUGUCAUCAGAGUAGAGGCCAGUCCCACAGCUGGGCCCGCUGAGAUCUAUGAGACAGAACUCCAACUCCCAGAAACCCCUGGGAGUGUCUUUGACAGUCCUGGUCCAAUGGCAGAGCAAGGUCUUGAGGGCCACCCAGAGCACCACAGAGAAGAUGAAGAGGAGGCUCUGCUUCCCGUCACUCCAGGAGUGGAGGAGGAGAUGAUGAGGAUCGACAACGUCCUGUCUGGUUUCAGGGACUCCCCCUGUGAGUCUCCUGGGUUACCGACCAGCAGCACCCCCGAGAACCACGCCUCACACAUCCCCAAAACAUGCAGGAGGACAGGUGGGCUUGGUGUCAGGGCUGGGCGGGGCUUCAGUCUGAGUGAUGUGACCAAUCUUACCCCUGCAGCCUAUCGGAAGUUCUCUUUAAAGAGCUCCCGCCCUUCAGACCGAUGCUCCACCCCCGUCCCCGCCCGCAAGAGGCGGUCCACGAUGACAGUGGACUACAAAGAGCCGUCACUGCACGCGAAACUGAGGCGUGGAGACAAGUUCACAGACACCAAGUUCCUCCGCUCUCCCAUCUUCAAACAGAAACCCAGGAAGUCCAUGAAGAUUCAGCUGUCGUUGGAGAAAUACAAUGAGUCAUUUGUGGGAUGUCGCUGACAUGUCCUAUGUCUUCACAUUGAACACGCUUUACCCAUUCAAAUUAGUUUGAGAGGAUUUUUGGUUGUGAAUAUUUACAUAUUUACACCUGUUAUUGUUUUUGUCCAAUGAAAUAAUGGAGGGCAGCUUUAAUUGUUUUUAGAUUCUUCAUUGUUCACACUAUGCUGUUAUCCGUAUCCUGAAUUUGGCCAAAUCAUCAUGGGCAUUGGAGACAUUCAAUUAAAUCACCCAAAAAUGCGUUCUCUCUCGCUCGAUGACUGUAUGGAUUGUUAUCCACCUGUAGAGGGCAAUGUAAGAUCAACAUUCUGUCUGAGAAGAUGUCAACAACAUGUACCUCAAUGGUUGUAUUCAGUUCACUGUUGUACAUACAGUAUGUAUAUUUAGCUUGCCUUUCAAGACCUUUGAAUAUGUAUUCUCUACAUGCCCCUGUGUAACAUGUUUUGAUUUUAUUAUAAUAAACAUUCAGUCCAUAAUUCCUA